AUGGUGGACGCGGGCGGCGCGAUCGACGUCGAGAAGACCCCCGCCACCCCAGCCGAGGUCGCGGUCGCGACGCUGCUGACGCUGGAGCGCGACGGCAAAAAAUUUCACGAGCUCCGCGAGCACGCGCGCGAGAUCCUCGCGGCGGCGUCGGAGGCGCCGUCGUCGUCGGGGGGGGUCCCCGCGUUCGUGGUUCGAUGCAUCGAGCUCGUCUUGACGACGCGGCGGCGAUUGAGGCGGCGGCGCGAGAGCGACGAUGCGAAGAGGGAGGGGGAUGAAUGCGACGGCGACGCGUCGGCUGAGGAUCUCGCGCUGGGCGGCGCGGACCCGAUGGUCCACCUCCUGCUGGAGUGCGCGCCGCGCGUCUCCGGCGCCGGCGCGUCGAGGGAGACGGUCGACUCGAAGACGCUCGCGGGCGGCGACGCGCGCGCGCGACGGCAGAGGUACGUCGACCGCGGCGAUCGCCACGCCGCGGUGCCGCUGCUGACGCGCGCGAUGGCCGCGGGCGCGGCGGAUCGCGCGACGACGUCCGUCGUCGCCGUCGACGCGAGCCUCGGCGCGCUCGAGCCGCGCGCGGUGAUCCGUCUCGCGGAGACGUACGGCCUCGACUUCGACGACGUCGUCGACGCGCUCGCCCCCGGCGGCGCGACCGCCGCGGACGUCCGCGAGCUCAUGAACGCCUACGUCGACGCGCUGUUCGAAGCGGGGAGGCGCGUUCUCCUCGCACCGUUUGACCUCGCCGCGGAGCUCGCGGAGGCGACGGCCGGCCACGCGUCGCCGAGCCGCGACCUGCGCCGCGCGGUCGUGGACGCGUGCGCGCGGCUCGACGAGCACGCGGGGCGUCGCGCGGCGUGGCUCGCGGUGGAGCACUUUUCGCUCCACGCCGAGUAUCCGGACGCGAGGGCGACGUACUUCGAGAGCACGAUCGCGCGGAUGAUCGAGAGAGGGCAGCACGAGGCGGCGCUGCGGUACGCGGGCGAGGACGUCGCGCUGAUGCGAUACGUCGUGGAGAGGCUCGUCGAGACCGGGGACGUCGUCGUCGCGAGCGAGUUCGCGGGGAGGGCGGGGUUCGACGACGCGUCGUGGUGGUUUAAUCGUCUGAGCGCGCCGGAGCUUCUCGCCGCCGCCGAGGCUCGGAGGGACGCGUAUCUGCGGCUGCCAGAGUCGCUGUGGGAAUCGCGCGUCGUGUUCGUGGACGACGAGGCGGGGUUGAGGCUCGCGCGCGAGCGGCUGAGGGGCGUCGACGUCGUCGGGAUAGACACGGAGUGGGCCGCGCCGUUGAACGAAGGCGGCGGCGGCGGCGGCGCGCGAACGCUGAGCGGCGCGGGGAAGGGGAGGAAGAAGCGGGGUCGUCGGCGGCGGCGGCGGCGAGGGCGCGACGACGGCGACGGCGACGGCGGCAGCGGGUCUGGCGGCGCGUCCGCGGAGGAGGGCGAGGACGACGGCAGAUUUGAAGUAGAAGAAGAAGAGGAGGAAGAAGAGAUGGACGAAGACGCCAAGGCGCGCUCGGACGCGGAGGUCGUCGCGUUGCUUCAGAUCGCGUCUCGCGACGACGUGUUUUUGAUCGACGUCCCGGCCGUUCUGAAGACGUGCCCGGGGGCGAUAACCCCCACCCUCGGGGCGUUACUUUCCGACACGAACAUCCUCAAGACCGGCUUCGGCGUCGCUGAGGACCUGAGGCGACUCGCGAAGCUGCACCCGGAGGCGUUCGGCGGGUUCGUCGCGCCCGGCGACGGCGACCGCGGCGGCGGCGGCGGCGGCGGCGGCGGCGCGACGCGCCGCCGGGGCCAGAGCGUCGGCGUCGGUCCGAUCGUGGAUCUGCAGCGCGUGUGGAACGCGGGCGCGCGGCUCGCGCGCGAGGAAAAUGAUACUACUCGUAAGGCGAGAGAAAAGACCCACGCCGGCGCCGCGCCGCGCGUCCGCGGCCCGUGGUCCGCGCCGGAGCAGCGUCGACGCGCGCGCGACGCCGUCGGGCUCUCGCACGUCGCGCGCGUCGUCCUCGGCAAGCCGUUGGAUAAGUCGACGCGGAUGUCGGACUGGUCGGCUCGGCCGCUGACGGAGCGGCAGCGGCACUACGCCGCGCUCGACGCGUGGGUGCUCGUGGAGGUGAUGCGGGUGCUGAGGGAGGAGCACGGGGACGAGCUCGAUCGGUUAUCGCGCGGGUAGUCGGUUUCGUUUUAGUUACAGUAGACACAGCA